AUGCCAAAGGAAAAGCGUUUUCGUCAGAAUGAGAAGCGGCUCGCUAAAGCCUAUGGCAAAGGAUUCCAAAAUUGCAAUCCUCGGAGAGAAGUCAAGCAGCUCAGUAUCACCAACGUCAUGAGAGACAGAGUUUGCGCUGUUAUUAGGUCUGCCCGCCACGAGCAUGAGGAGUACCAUGAAGCGGAGGCUCGAGCGUACCACCCAUCCAUCAAGCACCACCCGAAAAAGUAUCCUCAAGACAAGAAGGAAGGCUGGGUCGAACAUUCAGAAGAUGAGGAGAGAGACUCAAGGGGUGAAUCGGAAUCGGCCGCCGAUUCCAAGGUUAUGGGCAAGAAGGAGACCAAGGUCAAGAAACCCAGGAUCAAAAAAACAAAAGAGGAUGACAUAGACUCCACACCCAAGAAGGACGUCACCAAGUAG